AUGCGCGGGAUUGCAUUUUCGAGCCAGAGGCUUGUGGGGCUGCGUUGUGGCUUGACACGCCUUACCGUUUAUGAUACCCGUCACAGAUACCCAGUGAAUAUCAAUAUUUUGUCCUUGACACUUGCUUUCGCUUUCGCAUCUGCGCGUCUUGUUGAGAACGAGAUGUCUGCCUAUCUUGCUCUGGCUAUGUUGAUGCCUGAAGCUUCGCGCGGCUUCCGCGAAUCCUCGAGUCUGCGACAAAGUCUCACUUCGAUCACCAGCCCCGAGCUGAAUCGAACAUGUUCAUCUGACUCCGCUCGAUUCACCCCCUCGAUACUAUUUUCCGAUCUCUCUCACCUGAAAUCCUCUGGACCAACAGAUCUAAAAUCACCCCUCACCCAACCAGCUUACGCACCUGACUACCGCCUAUCACAACAGCCUUCAUUUCUCUUCAAAUCAUGGCAUGAAAAACUCAACCCAACAAAAUACUAA